CCAUACUGUUCCUCCAUCACUGCUGCUUGAGAACCAGGUGAGGUUUGAUUCUUUUUCUAUCUCCCUAAUUCUCCCUAAUUCGUAAAAUCUACCAAUUUUUCUUCAGGGUAUUCUUCUCUGUUCGAAUAGACUACGCUAGAGAAUCAUGGCUUCUCGUUUCUGGACGCAGGGUGGCAGUGACAGUGAGGAGGAGGAGGAGAGUCAGUAUGAGGGAAGCGAUGUUGAGGCGGGGCCGGCCGAGUCGGCCACCGGCCCACCCGAAAAUCGAUAUAUUAAGGGCAAUGCUUCUGAUAGUGAAGACUCUGAUGGUGGUCGCCGGCGUGAGGUCAGGUCUGCACGGGAUAAGAGGUUUGAUGAGAUGGUGGCCACUGUUGACCAGAUGCGCAACGCGAUGAAGAUCAAUGAUUGGGUGAGCCUCCAAGAGAGCUUUGAGAAAAUCAACAAACAGCUUGAGAAGGUCCUUCGUGUCACUGAGUCUGAAAAGGUGCCCAACCUCUACAUUAAGGCUCUUGUGAUGCUUGAGGAUUUCUUGGCCCAGGCCUUAGCCAAUAAAGAUGCUAGGAAGAAGAUGAGCAGUUCCAAUGCCAAGGCUUUGAACUCUAUGAAACAGAAACUAAAGAAGAAUAACAAACAGUAUGAGGAGUUGAUAAUUAAGUACCGUGAGAAGCCUGAAAGUGAGGAUGAGGGGGAUGAAGAUGAUGAGGAAGACGGUGAGGAGGAUGAUGAUUCAGGUUCAGAGGUUGAAGAAGACCCUUCAAAGAUUACACUGUCAGACGGGGAUGAGGAUGAGGAUGAUGAUGCGCAAGCAGAGAGUGGAGGGUGGGAAAAGAAGAUGAGCAAGAAGGAUAAGCUCAUGGACAAGCAGUUCAUGAAAGACCCUAGUGAGAUCACUUGGGAUAUUGUUGAUAAGAAGCUUAAAGAAAUUGUGGCAGCAAGGGGCAGGAAGGGAACUGGAAGAAUCGAGCAGGUGGAGCAGCUUACUUUCUUGACACGAGUUGCAAAGACCCCUGCACAGAAGCUUGAAAUUUUGUUCAGUGUAAUUUCAGCUCAGUUUGAUGUGAAUCCAAGUUUGCUUGGACACAUGCCUGUCAAUGUGUGGAAGAAGUGUGUUGACAACAUGCUCCUUGUGCUCGAUAUUCUUGAGCAGUACCCCAAUAUUGUAGUGGAUGACACUGUUGAACCUGAGGAGAAUGAGACACAGAAGGGUGUGGACCAUAAGGGAACUAUACGAGUGUGGGGCAACUUGGUUGCCUUCCUUGAGAGGUUGGACUCUGAGUUUUUUAAGAGCUUGCAGUGCACUGAUCCUCAUACCAGGGACUAUGUGGAGAGGCUCAGGGAUGAGCCUUUAUUUUUAGUUGUUGCACAGAAUGUUCAGGAAUAUCUGGAGAGGGUGGGGGAUUUCAAGGCAGCUGCUAAGGUGGCACUAAAGCGUGUUGAGCUUAUUUAUUAUAAACCACAGGGCGUCUAUGAUGCUAUGAGGAAGUUGGCAGAGUCUGAUAGAACUGAAAUUGGUGGAGAGGAUGGGGAUGAGGAAGCAAGUGAGGAACGUCAGGCUGCUGAGGAGAUUAGGGGCCCCCCAGCAUUUGUUGUUAUUCCUGAGCUUGUCCGCCGCCGGCCUACUUUCCCAGAGAGUAGUAGGGAGCUGAUGGAUCUGCUUGUGUCACUCAUCUACAAGUAUGGAGAUGAGAGAACUAAGGCUAGGGCUAUGCUUUGUGACAUAUACCAUCAUGCCAUUUUUGAUGAGUUCUCCAUUGCUCGGGACCUGCUUUUGAUGAGCCAUCUGCAGGAAGGGAUUCAGCUUUUGGACAUAUCAUCACAGAUAUUGUUUAAUAGGGCAAUGGCGCAGCUUGGGUUGUGUGCCUUUAGGGCAGGGCUUAUUAUUGAAGCACAUGGAUGCUUGUCUGAACUGUAUACUGGAGGAAGAGUAAAGGAGUUAAUUGCACAAGGUGUAUCACAAAAUCGUUACCAUGAAAAGACCCCUGAGCAGGAAAAACUCGAGAGGAGAAGGCAGAUGCCGUAUCAUAUGCACAUAAACCUUGAGCUCCUCGAAGCCACUCAUUUGAUCUGCGCAAUGCUUCUUGAGGUACCCAACAUGGCUUCCAACAUUCAUGAUGCCAAGCGGAAGGUUAUAAGUAAGACAUUUCGAAGACUCCUUGAAGUAAGUGAGAGGCAGACAUUUGUUGGGCCUCCAGAGAAUGUGAGGGACCAUGUAAUGGCUGCCACAAGAGCCCUUAGCAAAGGAGACUAUCAGAAAGCCUUUGAUGUCAUAGAUUCCCUUGAAAUCUGGAAACUCCUAACAAACCGGGUGAGUGUGAUGGAGAUGUUGAAGGCUAAGAUAAAGGAUGAGGCUCUAAGGACUUACCUCUUCGCCUAUUCAUCAUGCUAUGAGUCCCUGAGCCUAGAUCAGCUGAUGAUCAUGUUUGACCUUUCGGAGUCUCAAGCUCACAGCAUAGUGAGCAAGAUGAUGAUUACAGAAGAACUUCAUGCUAGCUGGGACCAGCCAACCAAGUGCAUUGUGUUUCACAACGUCGAACACAACAGGCUGCAGAACCUUCUGUUCCAGAUGGCAGACAAACUUGCAAUACUUACUGAGAGCAAUGAGAGGGCAUUUGAGGUACGAACUGGUGGCGGAGUUGAUGGAUUGCCACCACGGCGGAGGGGAGAUGCACAGGACUAUACAGGUGCAUCUGGUAGAUGGCAGGAAAAUUUCCUCUCAAACUCACAGGGGAGACUGGGUAGCGGAUAUGGAUCACGGACAGGAUAUGGAGGCAGAUCAGGUGGCCCUGGGCAGGUUGGAGAUCGAUCUGCGCAAGGUGCUCGGGGGCCGGGUGGUUAUCAGAGCAUGCGAUUUCAAGAUGGUUACAGGAGCGGAGGCAGGAACUAUCAGUCUGGUUCAGGAACUAGGGGUUCACAGAUGGAUCCUUCAGCGCGCAUGGUAAAUCUCAACAAGGCUGUUAAGGUUUAAUAAUAAGCCAAGGAACUUGACGGAAUUUACGACUCUGAGAGAAAGGCAAUCAGUCUAAAUUUUGGUUCUUCUAUUUAUUUGCUCCGUUGUCAAUUAGUAAUUAAUUUGGUUACUGUAUCAGUUUAUUUCUCUAGUGUUAUUUUGAAACAAUUUUAUUGGCUUCUUCUUUGAGUGUUGAGGCUGUAAACUUAAUGGCACUCUUGAAACUUAAGCUUAACGUAUGUUUACAUUUUUGUAUUCA